CCAACUCACCUCUCUCAGAAAUAUCUCUCUUUUCUCUCUCUGAAAAACAAAGAUGGAAAAAUCAUCAAUCCCGUGCUUAUUAUUCAUACUUCUCACCAUCACCACUACCAUAAUUUCAUAUUCGAAUGCACAAAGAGAAGUUGAGGAUGAAAGUGAAUUUAGCUACGAGCGGAAUCAAGAGAACGGGCCAGAGAAAUGGGGGAAACUGAAGCCGGAAUGGAAAAUGUGCGGAAAGGGAGAGAUGCAAUCUCCAAUUGAUCUUUUGCACAAAAGAGUUAGAAUUGUUUCACAUCUUGGAAGGCUUACUAGAGACUACAAACCUGCCAAUGCCACUCUCAGAAAUAGAGGCCAUGACAUGAUGGUGAGAUUUGAAGAAGGGCCAGGUAGUAUCAAGAUCAAUAACAUUGAAUAUCAACUCCAUCAGCUUCAUUGGCAUUCUCCCUCUGAGCAUACUAUCAAUGGGAGAAGAUUUGCUCUGGAACUGCAUAUGGUUCACGAAAGCGCAAACGGAAGCUUGGCUGUAGUCACAGUGCUUUACAAAAUCGGAAGGCCAGACUCUUUUCUCAGCUUGUUGGAAAAUAAAUUGUGUGCGAUUACCGACCACAAUGAGGCGGAGGUAAAUAUAGGAAUGAUUGAUCCAAAGGACAUCAAGUUUGGGAGCAGAAAAUAUUAUAGAUAUAUUGGAUCACUUACCAUUCCUCCUUGUACUCAAAAUGUUAUUUGGACCGUCAUCAAAAAGGUAAGGACUGUGGCUAGACACCAAGUGAAACUGCUCCGAGUGGCUGUUCAUGAUUAUUCGGAUACAAACGCCAGGCCGGUUCAACCCACAAAUAAGCGUCCGGUCAAAUUAUACAAACCAAAAUCUUCCUGAAGCAGACACAAAUAUAAAAUGCAUUUUAUUAUUUUAUUUUAUAAUAAACAGUGUAUUUAUAAUAUUUGCAUAAUCGAGAUUUCAUUGUUACCAUAAUUAAUUUAUCUCUGUAAUAUCCAGAAUGCAUCUUUAUGAUUGUAAUCUAUAAUAUU